AAUGUUCCAAUACCUCUCUACAAAAAAUUUAAUGUGCCUUGCCGAUGCUUUAUUGAGAAGUCAUUCAAUGGCUCGCCGCCUUUCUUCAAACACUACAGCUCAAAGAAAUUUACUUUGGAAAGCAACAUUUAAAGGACGAUCAAAGCCUAAUAUGCAAAAAUUGGAGGCACAUUCAAUUCAUUGUGCAUUAAAUAUUCUUUUCCAACUUUAUGCUCAAUCUUCAAAUGGGGAACCUGAAAUUGUUGAAAUAACAGUAAAAUACGCUUUAGAAUAUUAUUUGACAUCCCAUUCAGACACUUUUCGUUCUUAUUGGUUAACUGUUGUACAAAUGAUUUUAAACAGAACUUGUGAUUUACCUAAUGAUCGGUUUGCUGAAUUGGGGGUUGAAUUUAGACUAUCUCUUACUUCAUUGAUUGAGUCUGAAGAACAACCAAUUAUUCGGAGUGCCUUACAUCGUGUUGUUCAACGAUUUAUUACCCAUGAACAUCCCAAUUCUUCUCUAAACACAAUUUCUUAA